UCAGUUCCGCGACCAUCGAAGGCCUUCUGGAUCACUGUUAUCACAUAUACGGAGCUUAUAGUUGUCAUUAAAUACAUAUUUCAGUUCCAGUUCUGGCCAUGGCUUGCGAGCGGCAAAGUAGACAUCACUCCCUUCUAUUUGCCCAGAAUUUUCGGCAUUAAUAAAGACGACAAUUACGCUCAGUUUGAUUUGGCACUACUUUUAGUCCUAUUCUUCCAUCGAUUUAUGCUUAAAAGUUUAGGUCUUUGGGAUUUGUCUGAAUCAGAGAUCACGGCUUUCAUGGAAAUCGCCGAACGAAAGAAGUCACUGGCUUUGGAUGAGAUCUCUUCGGCUGACUUAAUGGAGAAACUAAAAGGCGAUAAAAAGACAAAAUCGGUCUUAAAUUUAGAAAUGCAAUCAAAAGAAGUGGCCGUCUCUGAGAAGAAAGACAAGGAAUCGGAUCCAGAAUUAGAUUUAAUCGGCAAAGAGGGCGACGAAGAGUUGUCUGACGUCACUCUCACUGAGGAUAAAGAAGAUUCUUCUGAAGGAAUUCAAGUCAUCAUUAAAUACAUUAGUCCUUCAGAACUGAAAAUAAGGAUAAUACAGGGGACGAAACCUGUCCGUCACUUCUUCCAUAGUGUUCUUCAUCCGCCAUAUCGUAUCACUCGAGACGUCUAUUCACUUAUGUUUUUAUGCGAUUUUAUUAACUUUUUUAUACUAGUCUUUGGUUUCUCUGCAUUUGGAAGCGGUUACGCCGGCGGUGAAGAUGUGACCAAAUUUCUCGAGGAGAACAGAAUUCCAAUCCCUUUUUUGGUGACACUUCUCAUGCAAUUCGCUCUCAUUAUAAUCGAUAGGGCGUUAUAUUUACGCAAAUAUAUUAAAGGGAAACUACUUUUCCAAAUAAUUCUGGCGAUUGGUAUUCAUAUGUGGCUCUUCUUCGCAUUGCCAGCAAUGACUGAUAGACCUUUCAUAGACAAGUCCAAUUGGCCGCCCAAAGUCUACUACAUAUUCAAAUGCCUGUACUUUCUGUUAUCUGCAUAUCAGAUAAGAAGCGGUUAUCCCACAAGAAUUCUGGGAAAUACUUUCUGUAAAAAAUAUAAUCUCAUCAAUUGGUAUGCAUUCAAAGGAUAUAUGGUGAUCCCAUUCCUCUAUGACUUGCGGAUGUAUAUGGACUGGAUUUGGACCGACACUAGUCUUGUGCUCGACGAGUGGUCUUUAAUGGAAGAUAUAUUUGUCAAUCUUUAUGAACGCAAAUGUGAACUCAAAUUAGACGAAGAAUUUCCUGAACCGAGGGGUCAGGCGAAGCGCCGCUUCUUUAAGUACCUGUUGGGCGGCGCGUGGGUUGCGAUCAUAAUUGGCCUUAUAUGGGGUCCAUUGGGUUUGUUCGCGUUGGGCCGCGCCGUCGGCUCAUUCAACCCUCCGUUCGGCGCGAGUGUUGAGCUCGAGUUUGGAGGCUAUGAACCGAUAUUCCAUAUGAGUGUUGCCGACAAUCGUCUCAAUACUAUAAGUGAUGAUUUCUGGGAUCGUUUGCGCGGUAACGAAGACUUUGCGAAGGAUCCGGUGGCCCAGACGUGGAUAUCGGGUUACGACCCUGGUGAUGUCACUAUCGUCUCACUCAAUGGCAAUUCAACGGCCAUUUGGAGUAUCAGUGAUCCCAGUCUUGAAUCGCUGAAACAUGAUCUGAAGAGCAAUUCAAGCAUAACCUUAAAACUCACGUAUUUUAUCACUCGAAGGAAACAGCAAAAGACUCAAGACAUGGACGUAACCGUUUCCGGAGAGAACAACAAAGUCUUGGAUCCAAGCAAUCAAAAAGAUAUGAAAUUACGGCUUGAAAUUGCGGAUAUGAUUGAGAAUCCGGACCCAAAGAAGUACGCCAUUAUUGAAUAUCUGAUUCCAAACUAUUUAAGAGUUCCCGAGAAAGGGAUGCCAAAGAUUGUCUCCUCUUUGGCUAAGAAGAAGAGAGAAAAGAAUGAGACGAUUGAUAUGUAUGAGUACAGGAGUGUGAAGCUCUCGUUAAAGUCCAAUGGCGAUAAAUUCUGGUGGGAGAUCCGGGACGCCGUCUGUGACCACAGAGUAUACACCAAAUAUUUGGAUGAAUUUCUUCUCAAUGAUCUACUCCUCAAUCAGAACUGUAAAGACUUACCGCUGGUUCUGUUCAACGACAAGGUGUUCAUCGGUCUGUUGGCAUUCCUCUCCGGUUACGGCAUAAUCGGUAUUUACACGACUUUCGUGUUUUUGGUGUCGCGUUGGGUGCGCGGACUCAACUCCGAGUCCUCAUUCAAAGUGAUUUACACCCGAAUGCCAAACGUAGACCGAGUCCUCCAGUUAUGUCUCGAUAUCUAUUUGGUUCGCGAGAGUCUAGAGUUCGAACUCGAAGAAGAUCUCUACGCGAAACUCAUAUUCUUGUAUCGAUCGCCAGAAACGCUCAUCAAAUGGACGAAACCUCUCGAAGAACUGACGGAAAGACCUGCCGAACAAUCACAACACCAAAGACAUCUCCAUUCCGGUCGACACAACUAA